AUGGUGGGCGCGGGGCCCGCGUCACGCCGAGCAGCGGGCAGGGCGCGCGGCGCCCUCCAUCCACGCCCGGCCGGGGCGCGGCGCGGCGGCGGGCGCGAGGACCGCGGGCCGAGGCAGGGGCGGCGGCAGCGCGGAGCCGCCCCAGCCUGCGACCCGCGGCCGGCGGCAGGGCAGCCAGGCCCGCGGCGCACCACCUCCCACUCGCACGUCCUCCUGGGGGUGGCGUGCGCGGCUCUCACUUCCACCUUCCUCGGUGUACUUUGCCUCACUAUGCGAGGUGCCCCGCAUGGCCUCGCGACUGGUGGCCUGCCCCUCGCCGCCCAGCGUGUCCCCGCCGUACUCGGAUCUGGGGCGCCUUCGGGAAAUGACCGUCACUGGACAGACUGUCUCUGGCACGACGUGAAGCCUCCCUGUCACUGGGAUGGACGAGAAAGCAAAGGGCUGGCGGCACAAGUGCAGUCGGCAGCGCAGGUCCAAGGGAACCAGUUGCAAACUGCAGCGUUGGACUUGAGGAGGACCCGCCCUCCUUGGCCUGCAGGCCUGUCGCUCGCUCCUGUGGCUGCUGCACUUAGAACAAGUCGACGUGGACGUGCCCAUUUCAACGAGCUGGGUUUCCUGUGAGGCCGAGAGCGGAGCGACGCCAGAAACGCGGCCCGGGCUCCAAGGCUCUCCCGGCGCCCUGCAGACGCGGCCGGUUCCUGCUCUCGGGCAGCCGGGAGGCCGGGAGCGGCGCGGGCCGGAAGUCCUGCGCGCUGCCGGUGAGGGGGCGCUGUGGCCCGUGGCUGCGGCCUGGUCCCGGCAGCCGUGGCCCCGGCGCUGUCCCGGGCCACCGACGGGCGGCAGACGCCCCCGCCCUAGCGCAACCUACCCCAUUCCCGCGUCGGUUUAAUUCCGGGAAGAAAGAAGAUUAUGCCAGGGCAUUUGAGUAAAACCUACGCCGAACACGAUCGUUAUCUCCUCCUGUCUUAUUACCGUGGACUUCGCUGGGGUUUUUAAGAGGUUGGUGGGAAAAUAACUCCCAUUUGUGGGUGUGUAAAUUUUUUUGUCAAUUAAGAUUGAAUGUACACACUUUACAUGGGUUCACAUUCAUGAAGUGACAUUUAAAAUGUAAGUCGUUUCAAUGUAUCAAAGCACAUUCCAAUUGCACUCCCAAUGAAGGGUCCCUCCAGUCCCAAGGGCUCCUGGGUUAUUUGCGGAGGGAGUGAGAAAAGGCAUGAGUGAGAAGUGUGGUUUUGCAGUUUCCCUCCUUUUACUUUUUUCUGAAAACCAAAGCUCCCAGUUAUAAAUUGUACAAAGUUUAAAAGUCAAAAUGGAACGUGAGUAUCUUUCCAGUGUGGUUUCCUCCCUCUCUGCAUUCUAUGAUCACCUUUGGUAGGGUUUCGGAUGCAGCGGUGUCGCCAGCGUCUCAAAUUCGCUUUAGAUGCUGCCACUUGCGCCUGGAAAACACGCGCGCAGGGGACCGCGCACAGGCUAAAGGGUCCCGGCCACUCGUGUCCUGGAACCCUGAGCUGGGAUUCAGCUAAGGGUUUUCAAACGGGCCUGAAAGCCUGGGCUGUCCCGGGAGCGCCACGCGUCACGUGGAGGGGACCCCGAUGCUCGGGCGGCCCCUGGGGUGGCGCGGCGCCGAGUGCCCGGACGGCCGGCGCGCUCCUCUUUCACGUUCCUAGACCCGCAUUCUCAC